GACUGCUGCAGAGUGCCAUACCUCAGCGCUUCCGUAUUAUUUCUGAUAGGAGACAGGACGUGUGAUAUGGUUGCAAUGUAGUGCUGGCAGGAGAAUGAGCAGUCAGCAGACUCCGACGGAUGGAACGGAUGAUUACACAAUUCAGCAGGAAAAUGAGCUGGAGGCUCUAGCAUCUAUCUUUGGAGAUGACUUUGAGGAUUUGCGCAGUAAAGACAAAUGGAAGAUUAAAAGGCCCGCAGAGGCGUACCUCUGCCUGCGACCCAAUGGGCUGAGCAAUGGACAAGAAAGUUACGUCACUGUGGAUUUGCAGGUCAGAUGCCCACCCACCUACCCCGAUGUGCCUCCGGAGCUGGAGCUGAAGAACCCCAACGGCCUUUCAAAUGAAAAUCUCCAGAGCCUGCAGAGCGAGCUCACCAAACUCGCUGCCGCGCGAUGUGGGGAGGUAAUGAUCUAUGAGCUAGCGGGCCAUGUCCAGGGUUUUCUCAGUGAGCACAACAAGCCCCCUUCUUGUUCCUUCCAUGAGGAGAUGUUGAAGAACCAGCAGAGGCAGCAGGAGAGACUUGCCCUAGAAGAACAGCAGAGGAUGGACCAACGGCGCAAACAGGAGGAGGAGAUGGAAAAAGAGAUCAUGGCUGAAAUCCAAAGAAGAGAGGAGGAGAAGCGAGAAGAAAAAAGGAGAAAGGAAAUGGCCAAACAGGAGCGCCUUGAGAGUAUGGAACAGCCAAACCCUGACAAUUCUGCAUUAGGGAAAAGCCCGCCCCAUUCAGCUGUUGCUCCUGAACAGAUGGAGUCUAAGAAAGGAGUCACCAACCGGCGAAGGACUACUUCCAAUACCCGCCACAGGCGUGAUACGUUCAGUGAAGACAACCAUCGCUCUCAAGAGCAGCUUCACUUCAAUAACAGUACGGUUGGAGAGCUCGUAGUCCACAAAGGGAAGUCCAUAGGUGCAAGUGAAAGGCUCGGCCGAAAUGUUUAUUAUGGCUUUGAGUCCAACUCAGGUGACUACGUUGUGAUCUAUGAGUGGUCCCUACGUUGGAGCAAGAAGAUGAGCAAGUUCUUCACUAGCCAAGAGAAGGGCAAGAUUGAGAACUGUAAAAAGCAGAUCCAUGCGGCGGAGAGCGAGUUCAACUCAUUGCUGAAGCUGGAACAUCCCAACCUGGUGCGCUACCAGGCAUUAAGCUCCAUGGAGCGGGAGGACUCCCUGGAGGUUAACCUGCUGGUAGAACAUGUGGCUGGCACCAACCUGAAUCACAGCCUGGUCGAACACACCACUGUACCACUGGACAGACUCCGCCAUUACACUGCCCAGCUCCUGGCCGCUCUGGACUACCUCCACUCCAGCUCUGUAGUUCACAAACACCUCGGAGCCUCGAGUGUGCUGGUGGACUCCCAGGGCAACAUUCGUUUAACUGAUUAUAGCUUAUCAAAGAGACUGGCUGAUGUUUGCAAAGAGGAUAUUUUUGAGCAAGCCCAUGUGCGCUUCUGUGAGGGUACAGCAAUGCCAACCAAAACGGGCAAAAAGGGUGACGUCUGGAGCCUGGGGCUGCUGCUGCUGGCUCUGUGCCAGGGGAAAGAAGUGAAGGAGUACCCGGUGACAGUGCCGACCAGCCUACCCGCUGACUUCCAGGACUUCCUCAACAGGUGCCUGUGUUUGAAUGAUGUUGACCGUUGGACUACCCAGCAACUCUUAGAUCACUCCUUCCUCAACCCUCCACCAGCCAAAGCCCUGCCAGUGUGCCAGGAUUCCAGUCCAGAAGACCUGGCUGUCGACUUUGCAUCGUCGGUCAUCCCUCGUAGCCACAUCCUCAAUGCUCCGUUCAGCUCAGGGGUGCAGAGACAGUUUUCCCGCUACUACAAUGAGUUUGAAGAGCUCCAGUUGUUGGGGAAAGGAGCCUUUGGAGCUGUUAUUAAGGUCCAAAACAAACUAGACGGUUGCUACUAUGCUGUGAAACGUAUCCAGGUCAACCCUGCUAGUAAGCAGUUCAGACGGAUAAAAGGUGAAGUGACUCUACUCUCGCGUCUCAACCAUGAGAAUAUUGUGCGCUACUACAAUGCCUGGAUAGAGCGGCAUGAGACGCCCACCACAGGGGUGCUGAGCCUCACCGACAGCUCUGAGUCCAGGGGCACAGCUGACCAGCGCCCCCAAGGAAGGGGGCCUCUGCCAGAGGUAAAUGAGCUGGGCCUACCUGACAACGUGGAGGACAACGCGCCACCCCCAGCCCUGGCAAGCUCUGUGGAAUGGUCCACCUCCAUUGAGAGAUCCUCCAGCAUCAAAUGUAGUAGACAUGAGUCAAGCGAGGAUGAGGAUGAUGAAGAGGAUGUGUUUUGUGCGUCCUUUUUGCCAUCUGGCAGUGACUCAGGAAGUGACAUCAUCUUUGACAAUGGCGAUGAAAGCACAGAUGACCUAUCUGAGGCUGAGCCAAGCAAAAGACCUUCGACCAACACAACAGAGAGCGCGGACUCGGAUCGAGCUCCCUUCAUAGCUCAUUAUUUGUAUAUACAGAUGGAAUACUGUGAAAAGAGCACUUUAAGAGACACCAUAGAUCAAGGCCUAUACCAGGACAACAGCCGGCUAUGGAGGCUUUUUAGGGAGAUACUGGAUGGCCUCGCCUACAUCCAUGAGCAGGGGAUGAUUCAUAGAGACUUGAAACCUGUCAACAUUUUCCUCGACUCACAGGACCACGUGAAGAUCGGAGAUUUUGGCCUGGCUACAGACCAUCCUGCUACUAACAUGGCUGCAGACAAAUUGGAAGUGGAGGAGAGUGGUUUUGGCGUGAUGACCAAACCAGACCCAACAGACAACAUGACGGGCAUGGUUGGUACCGCCCUCUAUGUCAGUCCAGAGGUUCAAGGAAACACCAAGGCCACCUAUAACCAGAAAGUGGACCUCUUCAGCCUGGGUAUCAUCCUGUUUGAGAUGUCCUACCGGCCCAUGACCACUGGGGCUGAACGCAUCGCUGUGCUGAGCCAGCUACGCACGGAGGACAUCCACUUCCCUGAGGACUUUACUGUGACCGAUAGAGAAAUGCAGAGGAAGGUGAUAGUGUGGCUGCUGAACCAUGACCCUGCCCUGAGGCCCACGGCGCAGGAGCUGCUGAAGAGCAAGCUGCUGCCCCCACCACAGAUGGAGGAAUCCGAGCUCCAUGAGGUUCUGCAGCACACUAUGGCCAAUGUCAACGGCAAGGCCUACCGCACCAUGGUGGGCCAGUUGUUCGCUCAGAACACCUCACCUGUCAUGGACUACGCCUACGACAUGGACCUGCACAAAGGUAGCUUCAAUUUCUGCAGUGCCAAAUUGCAGCAGUAUGUGUACGAAACAAUCGCCAGGAUAUUCAAGAAGCAUGGUGCUGUACGUUUCCAGACCCCGAUGCUUCUCCCCAGAAACAGGAAAUUGUACGAAGGUUGCGAGCUGGCCUGCUUCAUGGACCACAGUGGAAUGUUGGUUACACUACCCUAUGACCUUCGCAUGACAUUCGCAAGAUUUGUGGCCCGCAAUAAUAUAACACAUAUGAAGAGGUAUAGCAUCGAGCGUGUGUUUCGUCCCAGAAAGCAGGACCGGCUGCACCCGAGGGAGCUGAUGGAGUGUGCCUUUGACAUCAUCACACCAGUCACCAACAGCUUGCUGCCCGAUGCUGAGACCAUCUUCACUAUCUCAGAGAUAGUCCAAGAGUUCCCUGCACUGCAGGAGAGGAACUAUCACAUUUACUUGAACCACGUCAGUCUGCUGAAGGCCAUAGUGCUCCACAGCGGGGUCCCCGAGGACAAGCUGAGCCAGGCCUCCAGCAUUCUGUGUGACGCCAUGAGCGAGAAGCUGACCAAACGUGAGGUGGAGGCAAAGUUCUUCAACCUUUCACUAUCUACCGUCAGUUUGCAGACACUGUAUAAGUACAUAGAGCAGAAGGGGGAGCUGCAGGAACUGGCGCCACUAUUGACCUCACUCACCAAACAGAAAACCGCCGUCACCCAGCUGGCCAAGCAGGGCCUCAAGGACCUGGAGGAGCUUAUUGUGCUAUUGCGUAAACUGGGAGUUAAACUGCCGCUGGUGGUCAACCUAGGCCUGAUGUAUAAGGUGCAGCACCAUUCUGGGGUUAUCUUCCAGUUUGUCGCCUUCAUCAAGAAGCGCAAGCGGACCGUGCCUGAGAUUGUGGCUGCAGGGGGGCGCUAUGAUCACUUGAUCCUGGAUUUCAAAGGGCCAGCCUCCUUAGCACCUGUCCCCUCUGCAAUGGGGGCCAGCGUGGCCCUGGACAAAGUCUGCGCUGCCAUGGCCAAUAUGGAAGAGCCACCUUUAGUGAGUUCCUGUGAUGUAAUGGUGGUCCCAGUGGGCCACAUGUCAAUGUCCAGAGCUAUCAACGUUGUCCAGAAGCUGUGGAGUGCCGGUGUCUCAGCGGACAUUGCUUAUGAUGUCUCACAGUCUCAGGAGACCUUGCUGGAGCACUGUAGGCAGGCUGGCAUCACCAGCAUGGCCCUGGUUUCUGACAAGGAGGGCAACUAUAUCAAGGUCAAGUCCUUUGAGAAGGACAGACAGUCUGAGAAGCGGAUUCCCGAGUCAGACCUGGUGGACCACAUCAUUCAGAAAUUUCGGACCAAAUUCUUUGAGGAGAGAAACAUCAGGGAAAUCACUGAAAGCAUCACUCUUCAAAACCCCAAAGCAUCAAUGCUCAACAUCUCAGGCUCAUCAGAGCAGCAUGGGAGCAGCAGCACCAUGAAUGUGAAUGUCAUCAGCCCAGAGAAGGUUUCUGCCAGCACUAGACGACGCUAUGAGACUCAGAUCCAAACCAGAUUGCAGAAUCUUGGGAGCAAUUUGCAGAACAAGAGCAAUGACAUAGAAGUUCUGGGAGUGGACCUGCAGAGGGAAACACUCAUCAACUUCCUGUCUCUGGAGUUUGACAGCGAAGACCAGUUUAACGUCAGUGUAAAGCAUCUGCUGUCUCACCUUCCUAAGCAGCGCUACCUCAAGUCCAUCUGUGAGCAGAUACAUCAUUUCAAACUUGUUAAAAGGGUGGCUGUGGUGGUCUUGUACAGCUACAGAGAAGACUACUACAAGGUCCUCCUCUGAAAGCAAAGGCCUGGCCCAGAUCUUCCCAUCUCUUCCAGGGAUACAAGUCUUUCAUUGACUCCAGUCAACCUCAGGCAGAACAGUUCCGGACAGUGAUGGCUUUAUAUACCAUGUUACCCAAAAGAACAGAUUUUAUUUUAUUUUAUUUUAUCUUUUUUUAAAAUGUUGAAUUGGACCUACAGUCAUCCAUUCUGCCCCACAUUCCUCUCAUUUCAUAAAGUAGACAAGAAGUCUACUGGAUUUUACUGCCUUAAAAAAAACAAUCAUAUUUCAUACACAAAGGGCUGUCCGUUAAAGACUAUUUGUCAUCAAUACAAGAAUCUUUCAUUUUGAAAAAGUGAUAGAAUAUCAGAAAUAAA